AUGAUAGACAAAAUACUAAAGAAAUUGAGUUUGAAGAAUUGCAAGAAAGGAUCUAGAUAUAUAUUAGGCGGAUUAGUCACUUUAUGGUUAACGUUGGUUUUGUUGGCUCCUUUAAUCGAAUUCGCGAAAAUUGUUACUUUUAUAUUUGUCAGGAGCGAUGAUGUAAUAAAAUUGAAUAACGCUGUCGAAUUGACUUAUUUCUUAAUUGCAAGUUUUGUUCCAUGUAAGUCUUUAUGUUCCUUAGAUCGAGCAAUCGCUGAUAUGCAUCGUAUCCUUUCAAUUACUCAAUUAUCUCAUUUUAUAGGGUGGAUAAUUGCAACAAAUUGUAUUGCUUGUUGCAUACAAACAGGAUUAACUCCCAAUAUACUUAAACAAAAAUUAUUGGACGAUAUUGGGGAUAUCCCAUCUAAUUGUCCGUCGGAUUAUCCAUACCCAGUUCCAAAACUUUAUUUGGCAUGCAUGAUAAGAGCUACCAAUUUUGUUUUCAUGUGGAUGUAUACAUGCUUAAAUAUUAUUUUUUUACUGAUGGCGUUUUCUGGAAUUUUGCCAACAGAAGAUGAACUCGUGAGGAAAAAGAAAGAUUUUAACAUCAAAACUAUUAUUGAAGGUAUUGAAGAUGAUGAAGAAAAGAAAUGA